AUGUCUGAACGAAAAGUGUUGAAUAAAUACUAUCCACCUGAUUUCGAUCCAUCAAAAAUCCCUCGUAUGAAAUUGCCUAAAAAUAGACAAUACACAGUACGAUUGAUGGCCCCCUUCAAUAUGAGGUGUGCUACUUGUGGGGAGUACAUUUAUAAAGGGAAAAAAUUCAAUGCAAGAAAGGAAGAUGUAGAAAAUGAGGAUUACUUGGGUAUCAGGAUAUAUAGAUUUUAUAUUAAGUGUACAAGGUGCUUGCAAGAAAUAUCCUUCAAAACUGACCCUAAAAACACAGACUAUGAAAUUGAAGCAGGAGCUACCAGAAACUUCAUGGCCCUGAAGCUAGCUGAAGAGCAGGCACAGAGAGAGGAAGAGGAAGCUAAAGAAGAAGAGGCAAGCAAUCCCAUGAAGUUAUUGGAAAACCGCACCAAGCAGUCCAAGAAUGAGAUUGAGCUGCUGGAAUCUCUGGAGGAAUUGAAGGAUUUGAACAGAAGACAGCAAGUGGUUGAUUAUGAGACCAUGUUGAUGGCUUAUGAUGAUAGUAUUUCUGAGCGUGAGAGGGAGGAAAAGCUACAGCAGCUUGAUGAGGAAUACAUCAAAUCUGUGAAAUUCGAGUCCACAAGGAAACGGAAAUUAGUUGUGGAAGAAGAAAUUAUAGAGGAAGCAACUGACCAUAAAUCAGAUAGUCCCACUGAAGAAAUUACACCUUCGGACGCGUCUGCAAGUAGCAGUCAAACAAACUCAAAAAGUGAUAAGAGUAAUACAGUUUUUGGAAGUGUCAGUUGGACUAAGGACAAAAAUCCGACAAAAAUCGAACCAAAGAGAAAUAAAACGUUAACGGGACUUGUGAAAGUGAAAACAGAUAAGAAGAUGGAACAAAUUGCACAAUCAGGAGAGGGCAAAAGUAAUGAGGCGAAAAGUAAUAAUUCCUUGAAUGAUGAAAUAAAAAAUAUACCUAAGCCAGCUGCCAGCGGUCUUCUAUUGUUAGGGUCUUAUUCAGAUAGCGAUGAAGAUAAUGUUGCUUAG